GCCAAGCCAAGUAUGUGAUUUUGGCCACGCCCCCCGGCCUGAACAUGAAGAUGCACUUCAGCCCCGAGCUGCCCCCCCUCAGGAACCAGCUGAUCAGCCGCGUGCCCAUGGGCUCUGUCAUCAAGUGCAUGGUGUACUACAAGGAGAACUUCUGGAGGAAAAAGGGUUACUGUGGCAGCAUGGUGAUCGAGGAGGAAGGCGCUCCCAUUGGUCUGACGCUGGAUGACACAAAGCCCGAUGGGAGUGUACCCGCCAUCAUGGG